AUGACAAACGCUACCAUCAUUGACGACGCUCACUGCUCCACACUUUCCUCUCCCACUACCUCCGAAGCCACUAGUACCAGCAAUUUCUCUCCGCCAACACCUGCGAUUGAUAACCCGGACCAUGCCCUGCAUCAUGGCAUGGUCUCCUUCAACUCCAAGGCCUCCGUGGGUGACUCGAUACUUCACCAAUAUGCACACCAUCUAGGCUCACUCCAUGCGGAUGACGAAACGCAUGCCGUCCACCACCACGUCAGCGAACGUGAUACCGCCGCUGAUGACGAGACGGUCUUGAACACCGUCCUCAACCUUGCAAACAAUCCGCCGAGCCAUUUUGUCCGACCAUCAUACCUCGCCCAUCAUCCUACCGCUCCUGUACCGAAGCCUCUCUCCCUCCCCAAGUCCUCUAUAAGCCACCGCAAGAACACAAAGUCAAUAGAUAUACCCAGACAAACAAUCAUGAAGGCAUUGGUCCCACGAGGGCCCGUCACAGGUCCCACGACUGCUCCGCUGGCGGUGAACGCCUUUGGAAAUACAACCGGCGGAAGAGACGCUGAAGAACAGAACAUGGCAGCAGCGGCAUUCUCUCCCUGCACAACCGCUACAUUGUCUGCCAUGCAGCCGAGCGCAUUCUCUGGCUGUUCGCCAACUUCGACGAGUUUCCUGCGGUCACCGUGUUUCUUCCACCAGCGAUUUGACGGAAUAGUGGACGUUCAAAAAGUACUGGAUGAGAUUGCGGAAGACGACUAUUCACAUUCGAGACUCAUGCAGACGGCUAUCGGGGUGCGAGAGGUGUCAAAGCAACUCCAACGGAAGCCGCUGAAGCGUGCUGUACGCAACGUUAUGAUCGUUACCAAGGCGCGCGACAACAGCUUAGUGUUUCUCACUCGAGAGCUGGCCGAAUGGCUACUUUCAACCCCUCGAUACGGCAGCGAUGUGGGCGUCAAUGUAUACGUGGAUGCCAAACUCCGACACUCCAAACGGUUCGAUGCUCCGGGUUUACUCAAGAAGGAGCCCAGGUUCGAGCAGAUGCUCAACUAUUGGACGCCUGAUCUGUGUUGGUCAUAUCCAGAAACGUUCGACCUGGUCCUCACCCUAGGCGGCGACGGAACCGUUCUUUUCACAUCAUGGCUAUUUCAAAGGGUUGUGCCGCCCGUGCUAUCUUUCUCACUGGGCAGCUUGGGGUUCCUGACGAACUUUGAGUUCGACAAGUACAAGGAGCACCUCGAUCGUGUGAUGGGUGAUUCUGGCAUGCGGGUCAACCUCAGGAUGCGUUUUACCUGCACAGUAUGGAGAGCCGAUCGAUCACCCGGAGCUGAGAAAGGUGCCGUUGAGGAAGGAGAGCAGUUUGAGGUCCUGAAUGAGCUGGUCAUUGACAGGGGUCCUUCUGCAUAUGUCUCAAACUUGGAGCUCUAUGGCGACGACGAACUCUUGACUAUUGUUCAAGCCGACGGAUGCAUCUUCUCGACGCCAACGGGGUCGACAGCUUAUUCUCUAUCGGCCGGAGGCUCCCUUAUUCAUCCGUCGAUCCCUGCCAUCCUGCUGACCCCAAUAUGUCCACACACCCUCUCUUUCCGACCCAUGGUCCUCUCAGACACUCUUCUGCUGCGGAUAGCCGUGCCCAACAAGUCUCGUUCUUCCGCCUACUGUUCUUUCGAUGGUAAGGGCCGCGUGGAGCUCAAGCGGGGCGAUUAUGUGACUUUGGAAGCGUCUCAGUAUCCCUUCCCCACCGUGAUGACCGGUAACAACGAAUGGGUGGAAAGCGUACAAAGAGCUUUGAGGUGGAACGUCAGAGGAGCUGUUCAGAAAGGCUGGGAGGAAGGAGAUGACGAGGACAAUGACCAGGUGGAGGAGAAAUGGGAUAUUGACAUGGACCCCAGCGCUGCCGGUGGUACUGACAGCGGCAUUGGUCCAAGUGAGGAUGGUGAUCAUGUCGCCAGCCCUCUUCCCAGACAAAUGAGUCUGCUGAACAUGUGA